AUGGCAAGAAGACAUUUUAAAGAAAGACAGGACAUACUUGGCAAUUUAGAAUUAAUUGAAAGAUACCGUUUGGAUCGUGAUGGGAUGUUGAAUCUGAAUGAUGAAUUACAGGUUUUAUCACCUUCAACAAACAGGAAUUACAGUUUAUCCAGCCUCUCUCAAGUUCUGACAACAUUGUGGUACCUUGCAACAGGAACUAUACAACUUAAUAAUGCUGAUAUGCACUGUGUAUCACAGCCUACAGUAUCACGUGUAAUUGCUAAAGUCACAGAUGCACUAAGUUUUAUCACCUUCAACCGGCAGGAAUUACAGUUUAUCCAUCCUUUCUCAAAUUCUGAUAACAUCCAAAUUCAGGCGCCAACAUUUGAAGAGGCAUCAUAUGUGAAUAGAAUGGGAUACCAUUCUAUUAUUACACAGCUUGUAUUUGAUGCCAACUAUAAAAUACUUGAUGUAGUGGAACGUUGGCUGGUAAAUUGA